CCUAUCGUAGCAAUUUUCAAAUUCAUAACAACCCGUUCAAAUUCAUAGCAAUUUUCAAAAUAAAAAAUCUGGGUUGCAAUGAAAAGGUCCUUAAUCUUAUUAUUGUCUUGCAUUUUUUUGUUGAGUUCUAUAUAUAUUGCUAAAACUGAAGUUAUUACCCUUACAGGCGAUACAUUUAAUGACAAGAUAAACGAGAAGGACACUGCAUGGUUUGUCAAAUUUUGCGUUCCAUGGUGCAAGCACUGCAAGAACCUGGGAACACUUUGGGAUGAUGUAGGGAAAGUGAUGGAAGGGGAGGACGAGAUAGAGGUGGGACAAGUUGAUUGUGGUACAGAUAAGCCAGUGUGUAACAAAGUUGAUAUCCACUCAUACCCUACAUUCAAACUCUUCUACAAUGGAGAAGAAGUCGCAAAGUACCAAGGAAAGAGAGAUAUUGAAUCGCUGAAAAUUUUUGCAAUAGAAGAAGCAGAGAAAGCAGCCACAAAAGCUGUAGCUGAUGAUGAUAAAGAGUUGUAACUUACUGUGAGGUAACAGGUGCAGUUUCACCGCGAGGAGUGUUUCCUAAGCAAAAUCCGAAGAUUUCUUCUUUUAUAGUGGCACUAGAUAGGCGAUGGCUUCUUUUCUCCUAGUUUUCUUGUCUAGGAUUUUGUUAAUCCGAGUAGGCCGUCAUUGGCAAACGAAAAAGGAGCUAAUUUGUUAGAUGAUUAAUGUAAACUCCGAAGAUACUCGAAAAGAGAAGGGGAUAAUGCAGAGAUGUUAGACAUGAAAUUUGUUAUCCUUUUUGGCAAAAGAGUAAAGAAGUCAUAUUCAGGUAAUGCAGUUGUAAUGACAAUACCACAAUAUAAUGCUUGAAUAUGAUCAGAACGUGCUUUUUUUG